GCGACGGCUUCCAUCUGGCGUUCCACACGCCCACCUCCGCAGGGGAGCCUGCGCCGCCCGACGGCGCCCAUCCCCGCGUCCCACCUUCCCGGCGCCCCGCCCCCGCCGGCGCCCCCAGCCCAGGGGACUGCGCGCACCCGGGGCAGCCCAUCCAGCCUCCGCCUAACUUUCCGCGGCUCCUUUGGGGGGACUCGCUCAUCAGGUGCCCCUGUCCAAACUUCCUCCCCGUGGCCUCCAGGGUCCCUGCCGCAUCCCCGGCGGGGGAGCGGCCCUGUAACCCCCUCCGUCCUCUUUGGGUCGCUGUCGCUGGACUUAGCGCCCGCCCCUGUCUUGUCACCUACCUGCCUGGGGUGGGUGCUGCUCUCCUCACCGGCGACACCCUCGGCUCCUCCAGGCUACUCACCGUCCUCCCGCCCACCCGCUCACGUCCCUGUACUCACCCCCAGCCUCCAUGGUCCCAGAGCCCGGCCCAGCCAACAACAGCACCCCAGCCUGGGGACCCGGGCCGCCGGUGGCCCCCGGGGGCAGCGGCUGGGUGGCGGCUGCGCUGUGCGUGGUCAUUGCGCUGACGGCGGCGGCCAACGCGCUGCUCAUCGCGCUUAUCUGCACGCAGCCAGCGCUGCGCAACACGUCUAACUUCUUCCUGGUGUCGCUCUUCACGUCGGACCUGAUGGUGGGGCUGGUGGUGAUGCCACCCGCCAUGCUGAACGCGCUGUACGGACGCUGGGUGCUGGCGCACGGCCUCUGCCUGCUCUGGGCGGCCUUUGACGUGAUGUGCUGCAGCGCCUCCAUCCUCAACCUCUGCCUCAUCAGCCUGGACCGCUACCUGCUCAUCCUCUCGCCGCUGCGCUACAAGCUGCGCAUGACGCCCCCGCGCGCCCUGGCGCUGGUCCUGGGCGCCUGGAGCCUGGCUGCGCUCGCCUCCUUCUUGCCUCUGCUGCUGGGCUGGCACGAGCUGGGCCUGGUGCGGGCACCCGCUCCGGGCCAGUGCCGCCUGCUGGCCAGCCUGCCCUUCGUCCUCGUGGCGUCAGGCCUCACCUUCUUUCUGCCCUCCGGUGCCAUCUGCUUCACCUACUGCAGGAUCCUGCUGGCUGCCCGCAAGCAGGCCGUGCAGGUGGCCUCGCUCACCACCGGCAUGGCCAGCCAGGCCAUGGAGACACUGCAGGUGCCGAGGACCCCACGCGCAGGGGCGGAGUCGGCUGACAGCAGGCGCCUGGCCACCAAGCACAGCAGGAAGGCCUUGAAGGCCAGCCUGACCCUGGGCAUCCUGCUGGGCAUGUUCUUCGUGACCUGGCUGCCCUUCUUUGUGGCCAACAUAGCCCAGGCCGUGUGCGACUGCAUCUCACCGGGCCUCUUCGACGUCCUCACGUGGCUGGGGUACUGCAACAGCACCAUGAACCCCCUCAUCUACCCACUCUUCAUGCGGGACUUCAAGCGGGCCCUGGGCAGGUUCCUGCCGUGCCCCCGCUGCCCUCGGGAGCGCCGGGCCAGCCUCGCGUCCCCCUCCGCGCGAACCUCGCACAGCGGCGCCCGGCCAGGCCUCAGCCUGCAACAGGUGCUGCCGCUGCCCCUGCCCCCGGAUGCGGCCUCCGACUCGGACUCGGGCUCCAGAGGCUCCUCAGGCCUUCGGAUCACCGCCCAGCUCCUGCUGCCUGGGGAGGCCACCCGGGACCCUGUGCUGCCCGCCAGGACCCAGACGGUCAACUUCGACACCGAUCCCCAGGGGACGGAGCUUCGGCUACAUCCUCUUGGUACCCCACGAACUGACCGAGUUUGGAGCUGGCCAGCCCGGCGUUGGAUCAGAUGGGACCGGGCCCCAAGGUCUCAGGCCACCUCCCGGCUAAUGCCAGGAAGCCACAGGUCUCCAGGGAGCCCCCUGAGUUCCGCUGCUGCUCCAGGCCACUUGCCUGAAGGACCAGAGCCGUCUGGGACGUAGUUCCCUGCCAGGUCUUGAGUGUGCCUUGUGGUUUGUGGAAGCGGUGGUCGCGGACUCCUGGGGUUGCGGGCAGGACUUCCUGGUUCGGAUUAGGAUGCAGACAUUCCUGUGCUUUGCCCAGUCUCUCAGGCCGGCGGGAGGGACGCUUCCAUCUGUAGACUGGGUCCUGACUUGGCCCAUCCCUUGCUCCUCACGCACUGUCGCCUCCCAGGCAUUUGUUGGGAAUGCCCGUCUCUGCCCCACCCCAGACCUGUAACAGCCGGUCCUGUCUGCUGCCUGCGUGGCUUGCGGGGUGGAUCAGUAACCCUGAGAAUGCCUGGCAGGACGUCCCCAGACCUGCCAGCCCCCAGGCGUGGGUGGCGGCACAGCAAAGCCCCUGAGCUGGAGCCGGCCAGUGGACUUGGAACCUUUGAUCUUCUGCUUCUCCUGCUUCUCACUCUGGGGUCUGGCUCAGGUUGCUUGACCUCUAAGGACCUCGGUUAUCCCGUGUGUAAAAUGGGGUAGUGGGGACACAAACUCUAGGGUCAUUUUGAACGUGAGCCUGACGUGUGCUGUGUGCCCGGCUUCUGCAGGGGGUCAGUGUGUGGUCCAUCCUGUGGUUACCACCCUUGGCCACCUAGCCCCGGAGUCCUGGCUGUGGCCCCCCCAAGGGCUAUUGGUUCCACGGUUAUUCUUCUUUUUGGGGGGAUGGAGCCCAGGGCCAUGCACCUUUGGCCAGGGGCUCCCCCUCUGAGCUGCCCCCAGCCCCGCUGUUCUAACAGUUUCCUGCCUCUCUUCAGCCCCAGCCCCGAUCCCCACGAUCUAACUCCAGCUCCCCAGCUCCACGUUUUGGGUGCUGGUGGAGCCCCCAUUGCUCAGGGACCUCCUAGCCCCUGCACGGUCCCUCCUGGCACUAAGGGGCAGACGGACAGCAGUUUCCUGUUCAAUCUGGGUCCUGAGUUUUCCUCCACCCUGGGUUUCCCUGGACCUGGAAGGGAACAGCCAUGGGGAGAAGCCCCCGCCCUUGUCCCACCUCCUUCCGGCUUUCUCUGGGGUAUGAGGGGAGUGGCCUCCUGGGCCAGCAGAGCAGAGCUGAGGAGAGCUGUCCCUGGUGGGGUGGGCCGCAGGCAGGCGGGUGGACUCUGGCACGGGCCUUGCUUUCCGGUCAGGGAACUGGGUGGGGCCUCCUGGUUCCCAGUUUACCUACCCAAGGUUCCUCCCAGCCUGAGGUUUUUCUUGCCCCAAGACCCAUCAGCCAAACCUUUGGGGGCCCUCCUCAUGUGGCCUGGCGCUCUCCUUGGUGCUGAUCAGGCUUGAGCCAGCCCUGGUCGCUGGCUGCUGGCCACAGAGGGGCCAUGGUGCUUGUGGUGACUUCCCCUGUGCCUCCAGGCCUGCCGAGGGGGCUCUCAGUAAACACUAGCUGAAGGACGUGACUGCUGUGGACUGGAUUCUAUGGCGGGGACGCUGGGGGCUUGCGAGGCACUGGGACAGUGGGAGCCAGCCUGGGCCAGGAGUCCUGGCUCUGGCCCCGAUGCUGCCCCUCAUGGGGCCUCGGCUUCCCACAUGUGUGUGAGCAGGGUGGACUAGAAAUGGCAGCAGUUUGUAAA